UGUGCGCGCACCGCCCGCAGCCGAGCGCCGAGCGGCCGCUGCUGUUAACUCCUCCCUGCCCGCCCGCCUCGCGACCCUCGUCGGAGCCCGCGCUCCGCCAGCAUGAAGAGAGCUCACCCAGACUACAGCUCCUCUGAUAGCGAGCUGGACGAGACCAUCGAGGUGGAGAAGGAGAGUGCGGACGAGAAUGGAAACUUGAGUUCUGCGCUGGGUUCCAUGUCCCCAACGACAUCGUCCCAGGUUUUGGCCAGGAAAAGAAGGAGAGGCAUAAUUGAGAAGCGCCGACGAGACCGAAUCAAUAACAGUUUGUCUGAGCUGAGGAGGCUGGUACCCAGUGCUUUUGAGAAGCAGGGAUCUGCUAAACUGGAAAAAGCAGAAAUCUUGCAGAUGACUGUGGACCACCUGAAGAUGCUGCACACGGCAGGAGGGAAAGGUUAUUUUGACGCGCAUGCCCUGGCUAUGGACUAUCGGAGUUUGGGGUUUCGGGAAUGCCUAGCCGAAGUUGCCCGUUAUCUGAGCAUCAUUGAAGGACUGGAUGCCUCUGACCCCCUUCGGGUUCGCCUGGUGUCACAUCUCAACAACUACGCCUCCCAGCGGGAAGCCGCGAGCGGCGCUCAUGCGGGCCUCGGACACAUUCCCUGGGGGAGCGCCUUCGGACAUCACCCACACGUCGCACACCCGCUGCUGCUGCCCCAGAAUGGCCACGGGAAUGCUGGCACCACUGCGUCACCCACGGAGCCGCAUCACCAGGGCAGGCUGGCCUCAGCCCAUCCGGAGGCGCCGGCCUUGCGAGCUCCCCCUAGUGGCAGCCUGGGACCGGUGCUCCCCGUGGUGACCUCGGCCUCCAAACUGUCGCCACCGCUGCUCUCCUCAGUGGCCUCGCUCUCAGCCUUUCCCUUCUCCUUCAGCUCCUUCCACCUACUGAGCCCUUCGACACCCACGCAGGCAGCAAACCUUGGCAAACCCUAUAGACCUUGGGGCACGGAGAUUGGAGCUUUCUAAAGAACUGAUGCUGUAGAACAAGGGAGGGGAAAAUUUAAAAUCCCAGGUGCGCGGGGACGGUUGCCAACACCACCUUAAAGUCGUCAGUAAAAGUAAGGAAAAAGGUACACUUUCAGAUAAAUUUUUUCUAAAGAGUAAAGGUUUGUUGGUUUACUUUUUUUCUUUAAAUUUUUUAUCAUGUCAUAUAUUAGCAAUUUAAAAAAAUUAGUUGUUAAUUUUUGUUUAAAACAUUCAUUUGAGGUAGUGAUUAUAAACCAACACUUUGUGAUCCGUUGUCUGUUCUGUGCAUAAUUUACUUUGUAACCUGUCUGUCCUAGAAUGAUUCCUUUUGCCUCAGUUUGGGGAAUUUUAACAUUACAGUUUGUGGUCUGUUUCCAGGUUUGUAUGA